CACAGAAAAUUAGCUGCGCCAUCUGGGUCACAUGUCUCCGAGUCUGGUAAAACCACAGGGGGAUUGAGGCUUGACGUAGAGCAACGGUUAACUACGUGGUGUUCAUAGACUCACUGGAUUAAAAUGUGGAAGAGUGACGAGCUUUUGAAACCAAUAUGGCAUGCGUUCUCCGCUUUGGACGUGGAUAAGAGUGGAAAAGUCUCAAAAUCUCAAUUAAAGGUUCUCUCCUACAACCUGUGCACAGUGAUGAACAUCCCUCAUGACCCUGUAUCCCUAGAGGAACACUUCAAGGAUGAUGACAGAGGCCCCGUCUCUAACCAAGGCUACAUGCCUUACCUCAAACGCUUCAUCCUGGAAAAGGCAAGGGACAAUUUUGAUAUGCAGGAAUUUAACAAGAUGUGCUGGACAUUGUCCUACAAGAAAAAUAUGAACUCGAGAAGUCUCCUCAUUUCAAACGAGGACGCCUUCAAAGUCUGGUGCAUUUUCAACUUCCUGUGUGAGGACGCAUACCCGCUGGUCAUCCUAUCAGAGGAGAUUGAGUACUUGUUGCGGAAGCUCUUGGAGGCCAUGGGGAGCAGCUGGAAUCAGGACCGCUUCGCAGAGUACAAACUCCAGCUGAGCCUGCAGAGGAACAACGGGGGGCUGAGUGCCUGGGAGCUCAUCAACCUGGUGGGCAUGGCUCACUUUAGCAAGGGCAUGAACCGGCAAACCGUGUCCAUGGGCAUCACUCAGGUGUACCAGGAACUCAUCCUGGAUGUGCUCAAACAGGGCUACGUGAUGAAGAAGGGUCACAAAAUGAAAAUCUGGUCGGAGCGCUGGUUCAUACUGCGAUCAAACACACUCUCGUACUACUUAUCUGAGGACCUGGUGGACAAGCGAGGUGACGUAGUUCUGGAUCAGAACUCCAGUGUUGAGUCCCUCCCAGACAGGGAAGGCAAGAAGUGCUUGUUCGUGGUCAGAUGUGCAGACCGAAUCUUUGAGCUGUGUGCAACUGAUAAGAAAAGGAAACAAGAGUGGAUCCAAGCGCUACAAACCUGCCUGCAGCAGGUCCGGCUGGGGCUGCUGUCGCCGCACCGCGAGGCGCGGCUGCGGCGGCAGGAGCUCCGGCAGAAGCACACUGUGGGGGAGGAAGAGCUGACGGAGCGCAUGAGGCAGCUGCAGGCCACCAACGAGAACAAACAGAUAGAGCUGGAGGUCAUGCGAAAGAAACUGGAGGAGGCGGCAGCAUUAGCUGCCAUGGAGGAGGAGAGGAGGAAGCAGACACAGACAGACCUGCAGGAUCGCUACAUGCUGGACAUGGCUAGAGAGAAAAUGGAGCGUGAGCAGAUGGAGCAGCAGGUGGCCCAGAAGACCAGCGAGCUGGACCAGUACCUGCAGCGUGUGGGCGAGCUGGAGGACAUGUACAAGCGGCUCCAGGACGCCCUGGACCAGCAGAGGACCGCCAAGGAGGAGGAGGAGGCCAUGCGCAGGCGGCAGGCCAGGCUGCUGGCAGAGGAGGCAGGGAAGAGGGUGGAGCUGGAGCAGCUGCACCUGCAGCAGCAGAGGGCCAUGUGCCAGGUCCAGGCAGAGAAGCAGGAGCUGGUGGAGGAGCGGCAGGCCCAGGAGAGAGCCCUGCAGGCCGCCACGCUGCAGCUGCAAACCCUGGAGGAGGAGAGGCAAGGGGCCCUGGAGCAGUACCAGGAAGUGACUAAAAAGCUGACGCUGGCGGCAAACAAGACAAAGAAAUGGAAAACUAGAGUAGCCGAACACGAGGGAUUAGUACGACUCAUUCAACCAGGUCACAAGGGGCCCCAGAUCAUGACUAACUGGGGGCCAGCCUCCUUCACCGAUGCCGAGUUGGAACUGAGGAAGAAGUCCUGGCAGGAGAAGAAGAACCAGGGGGUCCACUGACGCAGUGACCACAAGCACACACACACACACACACACACACACACACACACACACACACACACACACACACACACACACACACGCACACGCACACGCACACGCACAAACGCACACACACACACACACACACACACACACACACACACACACACACACACACACACAUAUGCACACACACUCCAUGCGUGUUAACCAUCAAGCCCUCACAUGUUCUAAUGUUUAACUCUUUUCGACUGCUGGGGAUUUACAUGAUAUUAACAUGUAGUGUGACCGGCAACGCAAAUGAUUUAUCUGCACUCUGAAUCUGAAACUGAACAUUUAGAAAAUGCUUUAGCCCAAUUUCCAAUAGUCAGUAUUUUAUGUCUUAUUUUUGAUAUUUCUUUUUUAACUGGAUUGGAUCCAUAAUUAAAUGACUAAUCGGACUUGUGUAUAUGGAACUUACUUGUUGUGAUGACUUACUGUAACAUUUGAAUACAAGGUUAAAAGUGUGUGUUUGUUCAUGUGUGUGUGUGUAUUAACGUGUUUAUGUGCGAUGUUAUGGGAUGCCAUGUGUAAAAAACGAAAUUUGGGCGCGAAGCAUUCAACCUAACCAUUCCACACACAAUAAUUAUUUUAUUAAUACACACACAUUCAUUCAUAUUAUCCCCAAUAGAAAGCAUAGAAUUUGAAACCGGAUUGAAAUUUAGAAUUUCAUAAGGAAGUGAGAGAACAAGACUGGUUUCAUCCACUAGAUGUCAGCGUAGUCACAGAAAACAGUCUGAACACGCAAGGGCAAUUUUGGAGUCCGUAUUUGCCUCGCAAGAGAGAAAAAAAAAGGUAAAAUCACAAAAAGACAAAUCGAGCAUUUGCAUGUGUUGUGUAAUUAUGCUUCAUAUUUCACUUUGCAUGGACAUACGUCUCCACUUCCUGGUCGUUUUGUUGGAGCCAUGUGUCCGUCUCCCAUCACGCAUGUGAGGAAGCAGCUGGUGACACCAGCAGAGAAGAAUGCGCAUGGAGAGCUAGUUAGGGUCUCACUGGGCCCCAAGUGUCCUGCGUGUAGCCUUCAAUGGGGGGCCAGUAAAACCCAGACAACAGUCCUGAAUGUUCCUCAUGAGGAUGAUCCGCAGAUGUUCCGUGCCUCUCUUUGUAUUUAAUCAAUUCCUCUAUUAUUUAUAGUGUAUACAGAGGGUGAUUGAUAGUUUUUAAAGCAACACUAGCCUGUUUUGUGCUAUUUCUUGGUACUGUUAGGCUCAUCUCAGAGCAUGUUCCCACUAUAACUCUGGCUCACUUUGCUUCAGAAAUUAUGCGAUAAAUAAAGUCUCGUAUAAUAGUAAUAGUAUUUUCUCCUUACCAACUUGCCAUGGAUAACACACUGAGUGCACUUGACAAAUAACCUAGUCGGAGAAAAUGACUUCAUGGGCCUAAUAGUCAUAAAUUGAGAAUGACUUAAAUAAAUUGUUGUUCCUGUUUUAACAAGGUUUAGUUGACGUAAAGUCUGUGGCAUGAGCGAACCCAAGUUGUCUUGCCAUCGCCUCUUGUCAAAACAAAUCAGGAGCUUCAGCGAUGGAACACUGUUCGAUGCUUCUGCUCUCCACUCAUGCCUCUAAUGGAAGAUUUGAUCCGUUCUACUUAAAUGUUUUUCCACUGUUAAUGCAAUUUAACACAGGCUAACUUUGGUAGCCCUGUAAGAGCACAAAAAGACAGCAAAACAGCCCCCAACCAAUCCAAUAUCUCAAAUCGAUUGAGAUCGUCACCUUUGUCUUGGUCGACGAUUGUAUUCUGAAAAAAAGAAGGGCCAAUUACUUAGCCAGCCAGCACUGUAGAAGCACAAAAGACAGCACAAAAACAAACAAACCAAUCAAAACUCCUAGAUUGCUCUAUAGAACAAGCAAGUGAAGGGUUAGUUCAUGCCAAGGUCAUGGUUUGAGGGUGGGGUGAUAAGACCUUCUAUUCAUACACUAAGCUGGGACCCCCCCCUCCCCCUAUGAAAACAUCAGAUGGAUGAAAAAGCCAAGUCUUCCGGCUCGUGCUGCAGUCAGGAAUGUGAUGCUCAACCAACAAACAACACAAAAGAUAAUGUCAUUCGCACAACGCAAAAGCAAGUCCCUACAUGGACAUGUUUGUGUGUCUGAUUGGCAGCACUUCAGUGGGUAUCUCUAUACCCCAGGAUCGAUUGGGUCCCG